AUGGAUAUCGACGUUAAUCUGGAAGAAGUUAAGCUUAGUGAAUACAAGUGGUACAGCCAUGAAACGUACAAGAGGUCAAUGAGUUUACUUGAAGCCGAAAGAAAUUUCGAAGGGGCGUCUUUCACGGAACAGGAUGUCCUAGAAAGAUGCAUCAAUAGGGCACUGAAUAAGUUAAAGGAGGAAAAGUUGCCUCUGUACAGGUAAAAAUUAGUACUUGAUCAUAAAGAAGCUAGUAGCAAAAAAAUAAAUUUUAUUCAAAAUAAAGAAAUGACCAACAAAGUAAAACAUCAUUGCAAAUGAAAAAUAUUAUGUGAUAACAAACAGGAUUUGUCUGCUGAACACUUAUAGAAACAAAUAAUUUUUUUAUUUUUCGAGGUCGGAGUCUUCCUGUUGGUACCUUUUUUUCACCUUGUUUCAUAUGCAGUCACAGACAGUCCUUACUAAGCAAUCUUAAUAUUUUUUAUUGAGGGUGCGCCCAUAGUGGCACCGAAACCAAAACAUAAAAUCCCUUUUCUGUGACCCCAUUAUGGGUAACAACCUCACCCCAGUUGUUCAAAAGGUGGAGGUGGAUAGCUCUAUGCAGUGGAUAGUGCAAUUGGUUUCGCAAAUGCUUAUUCGCUAAAUUUAUCUAGUGGAUGGCUUUAUCCAACGGUUCAACAACUGGGGCGAGCUGAUUUCACUAUAUCUGACAGCAGUUUCAAGACCCUUUUGUCAGGACUGUCAACCCCUGUGUCUUCAAAUAUUGAGAAUAGAUAUGAACAACUUGUUCUCAUUUUUUUUUUAAGAAUUGUCAGUGAUAAUAUUGACUACGAGAUUACAGCUCGUGUACAGACAAAGGAUCAUGUGAACCGGUCCCUCCACUGGACGCACCAGUUUGCUAUUGUUGAUAGGGUGCUCAAUCCCAAUCUCGACGAUACCGGUCCACAGAAAGAUGUCAAGAACUUACAGCUUGUGGAGCUGUUACCAGAUGAACGUGUGCAGAAAAACCUUGUGUUUCAAUGGUCUAUCCUGAUCAGCCAAAUAGUGACUAAGUUUCUACCUGCAUUUAGACCCUAUCAGGCCCAUGUGGUAUAUCACAUACCACACACAUAUUCUGCUGAAAUGGCAUCAAAAUCAGAGACUGUGAGUCUGCAAAUAAAUUGUGUUUAUUAUUUAGUUUUGGUUAAUCUUGUUAUUGUAUUUUGCCAAUUGCUGCAUUAAAAAUUUGUAUUUUGCUUUGUGUUUCUACAGUGUUCACAUGGUAUGGAAUUUAAGAACCCAAAUGUUGCUGCUGACAUGUCACAAAUACUUAAGAGCUUCCACCAGAAAUAUGUGCCCUGCGUUCAAGAUGGAAAUAAUCGAACGGUACUCUCAGCAGUUCCACUGCAUGGUGAUCAACUGUUAGAAGAAAGGGCAAGAAAUGUACAAUGGACAUUCAGAGAUGGAGAGAGCCAGUAUGACAGACUGGAGGGCUUGACAACUGAACAUGCAGAUUGGCAUGCAAAGGUCACAUUAUACAAGGUUGUAGGCACUGAAACAGUUUUGUUAUUAAUACUAACUGGAUUUUUGUAUGCAGGUAGAAGCCCAUGAAAAAAAUAAAUAAAUAAUGCCAUUAUCCCAGAAAAGUCACAUGUCAAAAUGUGGGUCACCAAAUCUCUGGAUGAAAGAAUGCUUUUUAGCUUUUUUGUACUUUUGAAUUUAGCCAAUCUUUUUCAAAAAAUAAUACAUUGUAAUUUUAUUUUUAAACAUUCAUUGUACGCUUUCUAUUUCUAAGGAGAUUAAAUCAGUCAUAAAUACCAUUUCAUUAUCAUGUACAAGUAAUCAAAUAGUGCAAAUAUCAGGAUCUCAAGAUUUUAGUUCUCCAGUGGUCAGCCUCUGGUUAAUAAUUAAAAAAAAAAAUAGAAAAUAGUGAAAAAAAAAAAGUAAUUAUUUUUCUUUUCUUUUCCUGAAUCAAUCACAGUCUGAAUUUGACAUGUUUGUCAACAAUAAAUCAGCUGCUGAGGUUGGAACAUCCCAAGCAAGUAUGAACCGCUGUGGGAAAACAAAUGCUGCAAAGGGAGUACAAAAUCAUUACAAUUAAUACAAGGACUUCCAUGCCAGAGAGAUGGAAGCUCACAUCUGUGCGUCUUUCAUGGACAUGUGUGGAAUGACAAGUGUUAAUGGUAUGAGAGAAGUUCAUUAAUUAAAGUAUUAAUUCUUUACGUGCUUGACCUGCAAAGAGUUAAUGAAAGUUUAAACAAGGAUCCCUAAGACUUUUUGAAUGAACUAGGGCCUACUGGGACAUGACUUGUAUAGGUAUUUUAAUUUGUCAGGGUUGUGGAUCUUCUUGUUGAAGUUGUAAUAAUAAUUAUUUACUAUUAUUAAUAAGAUGAACAAUAAAUCAACAACUAUUGUAACCUUUUGGUAAUUUUGCUUUCGCAGACACACCCACCUGUAUAUUUCCUAGUCAAGAUACAACUAGUGAUGAAAAAGGCAAAUGGCUACUAAAGUUAUGCAUGCGGCAUGUAGAGUUGUAUGUUCUCCGCUCAGAUCAGCUUUUGUCCCUUGUGCAGCAGACUACUGAACUGGACCAAUUGACCAGGGAACAACACAUGUGUCGGUUUGAAGGCUGUGAUAAGAGCUACCUCUUACAUUCAAGAAGAGUGAGGUAAGGCGAAAGUUUUUUUCUAGUUUCCACUUACAUGUAUGCUGUCUAGUAAUAAUCUAGAAAGCCUUUUAAUAGAUGUAUCUUCUCACACAAUCAGCCAUGUAGAGAUGAAAAAAGAGAAAUGUUCUGUUCCAACUUUGUCAUUGGUUUGAAAUAUAUUUUCCUUGUUUUUUUGAUGUCCUGCAUAAUCUUACCCCCUAAGCAGUGGUGGAUCCAAACUGAGGCCCGCAGGGCUGAAAAAUUUUUUUUCGGGAGACCGGGCCACCUCCUUAUCUAAGAGUCUGGAUGCCCCCCCCCCCUUAUCUCAAGGUCUGUAUCCUGUACCGCUAAGAAGGUAAUGUAAUUUGUGAACAAAAAAAGAUAGGACCAUUAAAUAGUAAAAAAUAUAUCAGUAAGUAUCAUAGUCUCAAAAAGCCAUUUUUUCCUAUACAGACAUGAAGUCAUAGACCAUCAACUGCACUUGGAAGCUUAUAGGGCAGAUGAAAGAGAUUCAUUUGGUUUUGUUUUUGCCGUAAUAACUGUGGACUUGUGUUCAGCACCACCCAUACACGGAACAAGUUAGUUAUUUAAGAGCUCAGUAAUAAUGGGAGUUGUCAUGGUGAACAUUUUGAAACACGUUCAUUAUUACGUUAGUUUGCAGUCACUAACAUACAACUCUCAGAAAGAACUUCUCUCUUAGUUGAUAGGGAACUUAAACAAAAGAGCGACACACGCCACCCGGAAGUGAGGCCUUCUCCCUUUUUACAUGCCUUGACGCUAACAAAAAAUUUGUAUUGCUGCCUUUCUUUUCUCUUAUAAAGACAAUUUACCUGAGAGUUUUAACCAAACCACUGCCCAAUGAUGCAAAAAGCCCACUAUCGGUUGAUGUCCGUCGCUCAAAAACACUUUUCCUUAAGCUUACUAACAACCAUAAGUUGAGCAUAGGAAAAGAAAAACAAAAAAAGAAAAUUAUACAAUUUCUCCUGGUCUGAGAAAUUUUUAAGCUCAAAUUUAAGUAACUAUCUCUUAAAAGAACUUGAAAAGAAUACAAAAGCUGGAGAAGUGUUGGCAUGAAUAGAGCGGUUUUCACUUGACUGUCGAAAGUAAUUGGUUUUGGUUUUGGUUUUGGUUUUACUACGCCCUUUGGUUGGUUAGUGUAUUUACUUUGGUUUUGGUUUUACGACAGUCAAGUGAAAACCGCUCUAUAACUGAUGUGCAUGUACAGCUGUAUGUUAAAAAUUUCUGUCUCCCACAUUUAUGUUAUGUUAUGAAUGUUAUGUCUAAUCUGUGCUGUUUUUUUAGGCACGAACAUCAGAGUCACCCUGAUUUUCAGCCAGCGGAAACAGCAUCCAAAUCAAGUGAUGUCAACAAAGAUGAAGAUUACUUGUUCAAUUAUCAUCAGGCUAAGAUGUCAUUUGGCUUGAUUUUAAUGGCAUUUGAGGAUGCAGUGAAAGAAGGUGAUGGUCAAAGGCUACAUGAGCUCUACCGGCUCAUGCUGUUGAUCUACAAGUCCAAGGGCCACCACAAGUAUGCUUACGUAACUCUCCUUCACUUGGUGAAACUGAGUGCUCUCUACAGUGAGUUUGAGGCCCACAGAGCAAAGUGGAACAGAGGGGUUAACACUACAGGAGGUAAAGGGAAGAACAUUCCCCUUGACCUGUUAAAGGAGCAGAAGAACCUGAGUAUCAAAACCCUGUGGCGCAACCUUGGUCCAAAUUUAAAUGAACAUAAUGCAAUGCGACUGGCUGGAAUUGUCGACCCGACUGAUGACAUCUUGGCAGGUGUAGACCGAGACUGUAAUGUGUCAAACAAGUCUGCAAGUCGUUCUGUUGCAAAUAAAGAGGAGGCUGUUAAGCAAAUCAUAGAAGACCUUGUUUCAAAGCAAGUUUUUACAUAUACAAGGGGCAGAGAAGGCCACCCAUCAUUUCCUGAAUUUAAGUCGGACCUUCUUUCUGGCCUUGAUUACAGAGACCUGCACAAGUGGAUGACAGACUUGAUUGAAACAUGGGCAUCAAUUUAUCAGCCUUAG